AUGGCGAUUAUAAUCUUGUUGAUAUUCACUGCACUUCUAUCAUCAACAAAUCUUUCCACUACGUCGAUCAAUAUGGAUUCACGUUCGCUGGAAGAACAAUGCGCGGCGUUGAAAUUGGUAGAGGAGGAAACGGGUGGCCUGGCAGCGCCGGAGAUGCCGGUUUUGCCCGAUUCAGAGAUUCACCAUAAUCUGGUGGGGCGUUUCCUCACAGAUCGGCAGAUCAAGGCUGAGCACAUGCAACCGGUGUUGGCAUCGGUGUGGAGGCCGGUCAUGGGCAUGUUCGCGGUCACCUUGGCUGACGAUUUAUUUUUGUUCCAAUUUCCGCAUCCCAGAGAUAUGCAGCGCGUGAUCGAUGAUGGACCGUGGUCCUUCGACAAUCAACUUCUGGUCUGUGAGCAGGUUCCGUUGGGCAUCAGGCCUGAAGAUGUCACUCUGAAUUCUGUUUCGUUCUGGGUCCAGCUGCACGGGCUACCGGCGAUGUAUGCUUCGUCGGAAUUUAUUCAAAAAAUAGGCGACUACAUUGGCUCUUUUAUUGCGCUCGAUCCGCUUAAUUUCGGCGGGAAUUGGCGGAGCUUUUACCGGAUCAGAGUGCGCCUUGACGUGUUGAAUCCCCUGAAACGACGGAUGAAGCUGCUACGCCGGGAUGGAGAGACUCAAUGGAUCACAUUCCGAUAUGAAAAAUUGGGGACGUUUUGUUACUGCUGCGGUCAUCUUGGGCACUCAGACAAGUUUUGUAAGAUCGCGUAUGAACAGGGAAUCCUACCGGACGCCUUCCCGUUCGGAGCUUGGUUGCGCGCAGGGCCUCGCCGGCAGGUGAAACCAGUCGGGGCUCGUUGGUUGUUGUCGACAGCAGCAAAUCCAGUGGCGUCUAACGCUACUAAUGAAUUCGGCGUAUCGCCGGGUGCACUGUUGGCCAUGGAGGAAAAUCUCGCGGUCCAUGGUGAUCUGAAGAGGCGGAGGGAGGAUGGUGGUCCAGGCGACGGAAUGAACGCAGAGGAUGUGAAAAUGACGGAGACAUCGCGAAUUUCGGAGAAGGCGGGUCUGGUGGACCAGGCUCGCCCAGAGCAAUGA